AUGUUUGGCCCGAGCCUAGCAAGUAGAGAACACAAUCGUGCAGCUAAGCUCCUGACAAUGCUGACUGAGCCGGUCACCAGUGUUGCCACUGGACCCACUGGACCAGCCCCUGUUGCUAGUGUUACCAGUGCCGCCCAGCCUGUGAGCACCACUGGGCCAUACCGGCUGGUGUCCGGCACGCCAUACCGAGUGGCAGCGCCGCCCGGUGUCACGUACAGCUACCCAGGUGGUUACACUGUCCCCUAUCAAAUCUCUGGAAGCCCUGCGCGGGUGGUCGCGGCGCCGAUUGCUGCUCAAACCUCGCUUCCAGUCAGUUCCGCGGCAGUGAGCACCACCAAGUCGGAGAUGGCCGCAGUUGCCACAUUGCCACCACUCCAAUCUGCACAAGCUAUGCCAAUUCCUCAGACGAUCCCGGGGCCACUGCAGGUAUCUACCUCUGUGGUGACUGGCCCCCCCAUGAUGACUGCGGCUGGUGGAACUCCCACAUCCGUCCUCGCGGCGCCGUGCCAAUCGCCCGUGGUGGGAUCUGUUGGAUCGCCCGUUUCCGCGGUGCCCUACUCUCUGCCGCAGGUGCAGGUGUCUCCUGCGACUCCCGUGGCAGAUCCAGGACCGAUGCUGGCAGAGAUGGAUGCAGCAGGGCCUGGGACAUCGCAUGAAGUGCAAAGCUCAACCCAAGCGCAACCGAACUUUCAUGUCCCCGAAGCAGGGUCACAAGCCAAAAAGCAGAAAAAGAAGGGGAAAAGCAAGAAGUGUGCCUGCUGCCAAUGAGAUCAAGAUAUAUAGAUCAAGGACUUUUGAUUGGCUAGGCCCCCAGACAGCUUGGUAGCGAGGUAAAUGGAAAAGCCGCACCAGCACAAGGUUGCUUGAUGCCGCUAUUCGUGACUGCUUCAAUGAUUUGCAAAGGGAGAAAAUAAUUUCUGAAGCGCUUGGUAGGUGGGAUGACCAUGAAUGCGAUAG